AUGAACAACAGUCGUGAAACCGACGCGAUGUGUCCUGAAGACCAACGGCACCACAGUCACAUUGACACCAGCGACCAGCCUAGAUCCCGCAAGGGGCCGUCGAAUGGAACAAAGAAAUCCGAAAGACAGCCUUCCAAACGACUAAGGCUUGCCGCUGUACCUCCGCCCACCGAAAUUUCUUUUACCACCGUUAAAAUGUGCGCCGACGACGAAGGUCUUUGCGUCAGACCUCUACUUCAUACGAUCCGCCGAGCUCUGGGCAAGAUACAACUUGGAAUCUCGAGGCGCGAACGCCUCCAGGCUCAAUCGAUCCUCUGGGGCACGCCGUCAUGGUACAGCGUCGUUUCGGGAUCAUGCGCCAGUAUGAUUCGGCAGAGUCUGCAUCUCCAGGCAGCUUGCACGGAAGGCCAACUGAGGCGAUCUCGACACGAUCACUAUGAUUCAGGGGAAAGGGGGUGGAAGAACACUAUAACAGCUACGCGCACGUAG